UAGUGAACAACACAAUACUGAUAUUUGCUGAUACAUAAAGUUUUAUUUAAUUUAUUGAAAAUACUGAUUAAAGUUUUGUUAUAUAUUUUUACAUUGUGACAUAAAACUUGGAUAAAGAAAAUAAUGGGAAUUCCAGGAUUAACCACUUAUAUAAACGAAGGUGAAAAAUAUUUAGAAGAUUACAAAUUACAUGAUACAUAUUUACUAAUUGAUGGACGCAAUGUUUCUCAUUUAUUAUAUAGUAAAUGUACAAAUGAAAACUGGGCAUUUGGUGGUGAUUAUGAUGUUUAUGCACAAUGCGUAUCAGAUUUUUUUGAUGAAUUGUUUAAGUGUAAUGUAACACCCUUAGUUUUUAUUGAUGAUGGUAUUGAAAAUAAGAAGCUUCACGUUCGUAUGAGAAAAAUAAGAGAAAGAAUGGAUGCAUUGUUAGUUGCUCCAUUUAAACCAAACAUUGAUCAUCGUAAAAUUUUUCCUUUGCUAAAAGACCAAAUUUUUUUUCGUAUAAUAAAAGAAAAAAAUAUUCGACAUAUGCAGUGUCUAUUAGAAGUAUAUAACGAUAUAGCUGUAAUAGCGAAGCUCUUGAAUUGUCCAAUACUCAGCUGUCAGUCAGAUUUUUAUAUGUUUGGAUGUUUAUAUAUACCAUUUCAUACAUUCGAUACUGUUAUAGUUAAAAAUCCAUAUGGAAAUGGUUACAUGAAACCUUGUAAAAUAUAUAAAAUUGAGAAUUUGUUCAAAUGUUUUGAAGGAUUAAAUGAAACAAAGUUGGUAUUAGCAUCAAUACUGUUAGACGAUGAAGAUUUUGAAUCUGGUACAUUCAGGAACUUUUUUCGUUACUUAAAGCUAAAAACAUCAGAUAAAAGUUGUAAUUACCGGCGAUAUUGCAUAGACAAAGUACUGUCGUGGUUGGGUAAAUAUAAUUUGAAUACUCUUAUUACUGCAAUUUUAUGUAGAAUACCUGUAUCUAUGCGAGAAAAAAUAUUAAUUUUAAUAGAGAUGAGUGUAAAUGGCUCUAUGACUGAAUUUGCCGAUAUACUUAUGUCUCUAGGUUUCUCAAAAGAUUAUAUUACUCAUUUAAAUACCUUUUAUUUAAAUAGAAAUUUUAAAUACACUGCAGAUAUCAAUACAAUGAGCUAUGUUGAAGAAUUUCGCGGAGGAGAAAGUGAUAGAAUAAAUAAUAGAAUAAAUGAAGAUAAUUAUGAUUAUGAUUAUGAUUAUGAUUAUGAUUAUGAUUAUGAUUAUGAUGAUGAUGAUGAUGAUGAUGAUUAUGAUGAUGAUCCUAAUAUAGCAUAUUUAUUUAGUGAAUAUGAAUUACUGUCUAAACAUGCAGCUAUUACUAAUUUGCCUACAUGGUUUGUAGAUGAAUAUCGUAUGGGAAAAUAUCCAACGUUUAUCGUUGAUUUAGCACUUCGACGUUUAUAUUUUUGUCCCAUACAAAUGGAAAACUAUUAUUAUACCACCAGUGCUAUAAAAGGUUUCAAAAUCCUUAGUGUUAUAAUUGGAAUUCUAAAAAUAACAGUAAAGAACAAUCUGCAACAUGUAAUAUGUGUAAUGAGAAAUCAAAAUAACAAUGUUGCUUCUUAUAAGUUACAAAGUGCGAAUAUUACGAAUAUGUGCAAACUUCCUUCUCUAUUUCAGCUUAAUCAAAUUCCAUUAUGUUUUCAACUAGAGAUUAUAAAUAAUACUUUGGGAAUUAGAGAUACAGAUUGUAUAAAUGAACUACCACCAGAAUGGAGAUUGUAUGUUGGAUGCAUCGUCUAUUGGAUACAUCAACAAGGAUCUCCUGCAUCCAAUAAAUGUUAUUUGUAUUCUAUACUUCUUUCUAUGUUAUUUAACAUAAUAGAUUCCAGAAUUGGAAAAUACAGAAGUUUGAACAUUUUUCGGGAUAAAUAUUGUUACAUAAGUGAAAUUUUGCAGCAGAUAAGGAAAAAGAACAAUAGUUUACAUUAUACAAUGGAUGAUACGUUCAUGGAGGCCUAUAAUAAAAUUGACUAUAACGAUUGUGUAUUAGCAGCACCAUUUUUUGUUUAUCAUUUUCAAGUACAGAGAGAAUUAAUUAGAAAUCCAAAUAUCUACGACAGAAAUAUUGUACAUACAUUUGCAGAAUUCCAAAGUUGUUUGAAAUUUUCUUUGUAUUUAAAUUUACUUUUGGGAUAUCCUUAUCCACAAACUAAAGUCGAACAUUUUUUUAAUGGUACUCUAUUGUAUAAUUUGAGUAAUUAUUUUAAAAGAUACCAUAAUAUUGAAGAACAUAUAAAUUUCACUUUUCAAGGAUGUCCAAGUUUGUUAAAAGUCUUUAAUAUAUUUUUAUCAAAAAUUAAACCAAUGUUUCCACCGAUGUAAAAAGACA